AUGAUUUUGCUUUUUCAUCCAAUCAUUCUAGCUGGGCUUGUCAUUGACUCCCCGUUUCUUGGUCGAAACACUCCUCUCUACGAUACAUUUGAUAAUGUAACAGUGUAUACAGCUCCAACAGAGUGGAAAAAUCGCGGGACCAUGUAUGGGAGAGUGGUACUAUUGAACAAGAACUGUGAGAAAAACAACGUCCUUCUCUCAACAUGGACCGUGAGCGCGCCGAACAAAACGUACCUCCCGAUCUACAAGUCGUUAGACCUAGGACGUACGUGGAAUCCACUAUCAAAAGUGUAUUUUAAAACACCGAAUUAUACUGCUAUCGCGGAGCCCUUCCUGUACGAACUUGGAGAAUCAUUCGGCGACUACCCUGCUGGAACAGUUCUUCUCUCCGCGAAUACCUUCUCCAAAGUCGGAACAGCAAUCGAAUUACACGCUAGCGUCGAUAAAGGUAAAACAUUUGAGUAUGUAUCCACCGUAGCAACCGGUGGCCCUCCUAAUGUCACUGAUGGAGGAACCUCAGUCUGGGAACCCUUUAUUCUAGCACACAGUAACAAGCUCGGUGUGUUCUACUCCGACUCCAGGGACCCGCUUCAUUCCCAAAAGCUAUCUCACCAAACAAGCACCGACCUUCUUCACUGGAGCCAACCAGUAAACGAUGCCGCCUCGCAGAAUUACACGCUCCGGCCAGGAAUGACGACUAUAGCAAAGAUGGGUAACGGGAAGUUUAUCUUGUUCUACGAGCUCGACAAAGUUACCGGCGUUCCUGCAUAUGCUAAACAGCCUGUGCAUUAUCGAAUAGCUGAUUCUCCGUUCAAAUUCAAUGGUGCGAGAGAACAUAUGCUAGUAUCUACCGAUGGUACGGUAGCUAGUUCGGCACCACAGACUAUAUGGACACCUGCUGGGGGUGUAAAUGGGACUAUUCUGACUAGUGCUAGUCAUGCGGAGGACUUUUUCAUCAAUACUGCGUAUGGUGAUCCAAGUGCUUGGAUUAGGGUCGAUAGUGGACAUGGGGUUGGGUACUCGAGGGCGCUGGAGAUUAUGCCCAAUACCGAUGGGAAAGUCGUUUUAGUGUUUAAUGGGGGAAGUUGGCAAGAUGGACCGAAGCAAGCUCUCUCGCCAUCAACAGUGACCUUAGACUUUCGCGGAUGUAGCGCAUCAAACUCCUCGGAUGCAUCCUUAAUGUCGAACUCUCUUGCCGUAAGAGCCAAUAUCACCUUGAGCUCACUCAUUACGAGGGUUUGUCCUUGGUCCAAACUCGAACGGUCUCCACGCCCAUUUUGUGGGGUAUAUAGGAUCAUCCGAAUUUACCAUCCAUCUUUCUGGGAGAAAUUCCUCAGCCCUAGGCCAGUAUUUUGGGCUUUUCUGAAUUACUUGAUGGAUGAUCCAGAUCAUAGUGCCUCCGGACGGGUACCGAUGCAGGUGGGAAUAAUCGCAUUGCUUCUUUGA